AUGGACCGUCAUUCUAAUACGUUAGUUGAAUCCGAGCAUAAUGGUGAAAGUUUGAACAUCCCAAAGAUAAUUUCCGAUUUCCAAAAUCAAUUGAACGACAUCUUUAAAUCAAAUCAAUUAACUGAAGAUGAUGCAUUGCUAACUGGAUUUUUAAAAUUUGUUACUUCUAAGUUGACCAAAUUGGUAGAACAAUUGCUUACUUUCGCAAAUGUUAACGGGGAAUUUUCCAUGAAUACCAUUAAGGUAAACCAUCAAAUAAUAUCAUUAAUCUUGGAUUUAACUUGGGAAAAAAUUUAUUAUCCAACUUUUAAAUGGUUUCAAACAUGGAGAAAACUUAUUAUUCGAAAGUUGCCUAAACAAGAUCAACCUAAUUAUGUGGAGUUCCGUAAGAUGAACUCUAAAGCAAAACGAUUUUCUAGAUCAGUUUCCGAAUUUUAUAUGAAUUUCAUAACUGAAAUAAGGUCUAAUUAUGACACUACAUCAAUUUUACCAAUGCAUUUAAUUGAUGAUUUGAAACUAGUGGAAAAAAUGGAUGAUUCAAAGACGAGAAGAAAGUUGCAACCAAAUCAUCCUUUAGCAAUGAUGGUUACUUUAAUAACCCAUAGAUGUUUGCUUUAUUUAGGAUCAUGUCAAAGAUAUAGAUCAUUGAAUGAUAAAAUUUCGGAGAAAUAUGUUCUUGCGGAUUUCUCUAAAUCACUCCUGUACUAUAAAUGGGCAACCCUUUUGCUACCUACAUUUGGUGAAAAUUUUCUUCAAGUAGCUUUGAUACAUAUGCAAACGAAUAAUUUUGGGAGAGCAACAUACAAUCUAAUGAGAGCCAUCUUGACAAAGACUCCUAGUUCUGCUGCAUUUAGUAAUUUCAAAGCAUUAAUUAGUGAUCCGCAUGAAAUGAUACACAAAAGAAUGCUAACUGCUAUUAAGGAAAUACACAUUCAAGAAUUGAAAAAUAUCAAAAUUGUCAAUACAGAAAUUAUAGAAUAUUACUUUUUGGGACUAUUCUCUUAUCAUUUUAACCAACAACAGAACAGUAAAUUAGAAAACGGAAUUGGAAUCAAACAUUUGGAAUCUGUAUUUUAUGAAAGAGUUUCGACAAGAUUUAUAAAGAAUCUUGAUCUUAUCAUGGAAGAUUUAGCAAUUGUUAUCGGUGGGUUUACCAUCCUAUUGAAACUAGAAAACAACACCAAUACUAAUAAAUUGGGCAAUAAAAAAUCAGAAGUCCUUUCAAAGAGUCAAAAGUCAUAUCUAUCAUUUGCAUUCAAAUUCAUCACACACAUUUUAAAGGAUGUUAUUAAAGACUCGUGGAAGGCAAAUCAAGAUGCGUAUCAAUAUUUGACAAUGGUUCGUCUCAUUGGGUGGUGGUUAAACUCGAAUGAAGUGGCCUUGGAAUAUUCUCGAAAUAAUGAGCAUUUUUGUUUUACUUUUGGAAGAUUGUUAAACGACAUACUCAAAGAGGACUAUAAAUUUGAAGAUGAAGAGGAAUCCUCUGUCGUAAGAUCAUAUUUAUUUGAAGACGAGGUACAAUUCAAAGAUUUUGCAUGUGUAGAUGAAGGAAUGUUCAAUUUUGACAUGCCUGAUAUCAGAACAAAAGAUGAUAUUAACAAAAGACUAAUGGGAAUUGCACCAGAAUCUGAAUUAUUGACUAAAAAUGAAGAAAUUGAGUGGAAACUGCAUAAUAUUGUCAUCAUGGGGAGAAAGAUAUUGACUGGAAAUAAAUUUGGAAUUGAAUGGGAUACGGAAACAUUUAAGUAUACUUUUACCACCAGGGAGAGAAUAGCAAAAGCAGAAAAUACGCCUGUACACCAAAAGUCAAGACGUGGUAUCCUUCCAAACAUCAUAGGGAAGAAGAAAGUUUCUGUUCAAGAGAAACAAAAACAGAAAACAACUGUUGAAGCGCAAACUCAAUUGAGUGGGAAGACUAUCAUUGGUGAAGAGGACACGGAUGAAGAUCUCGAACCGCUAUCUGUAACCGAACUGGAAGCACAAUUAAGAAAUGAACAGAAUUCCAACAAUAUGAUGAAUUGGGGUUACAGUGGAUCAUCUAUUCCUGAUGCGCCAUCUCAUUUUGACGUUAAACCAAGUAAUAUACUGACUCAACCAAAUGAUACUCUUCGUUUAUCUUCUGCAUUUUCCAAUCCGGUCUUUAACCCUUCCGAACGUACCAACUCGCCAAACCCGACUCCAUCUGAGUCAUCCUUGCAACUAAAGAAUUUAGAAGAAUCUCUAAGGAACCUAAACGCACAAGGGACAGAUAACAAUACCACCACGACUUCCUAUGGUAGCAUGUUUCAACAACCUCCAAACGGGAUGCACACAUCGCUGCCUACUUCGGCACAUUCUCUAUACAAUACGUCUACUUAUUCAUAUGUGGAACCUACUCAGUUGCAGUACUUCCCAAACCAGUAUCAACAAAGACCGCAGUCAGGUAACUCAUAUCUGCCACCAGCACCACAGCAAUUUCAAGGUUAUCCGUGGGGCAUGGGGGUUCCUGCACCACCUGGGCUAGUGCCACAACAGCCAGUGACAGGGCCAACGAGACAACAAGAUCCAACAAAGCAAGGCUCAAUGUAUGCUCAGCAAUACCCAUAUAAUCACCCAGAAUAUUUAUCGCAUUGA